AUGGCCGAUGAUACACACCGCCCACUCUCGUCGUCGUCGUCGUCGUCGUCGUCAUCGUCGUCAGUGCUUUCGCCCUCGUCGUCGAGGCCCAUGACGCCGCAGUCGAGGCCGAUCUCGCCGCCGUCGAGGCCGAUCUCGCCCAAUGGCGAUGCGCAGGACGGAAUCAGGGUGCUGUGCCGGAUUCGUCCGAUGAACGAUGACGAGCUGGCUAUGGGUGCAGACGAGGCCAUCGAGGUGAGCGGGAACACCGUGGCGCUGACGGUCACAUCGUACACGGCCGACGAGACCGGGACGCUGCGGCGAAGCAGGGAUCUUCGGCGCGAUGGGCGAACGUAUCCGUUCAAGUUCCACCACGUCUUCCGGCCGACCGCCACCCAGCACGAUGUGUAUGCGCUUGCUGGCGAGCCGCUCAUUGACGACGUGCUGGAGGGCAUCAAUGGCGCCAUCAUCGCGUACGGACAGACCGGCUCAGGCAAGACCCACACCAUGUUUGGGCCCGAUGGCGACGAUCCGCGGGCGGCCUACGAGUCGCUUGAUGAGUACCACAAGGGCAUUGUGCCGCGGUUGAUGGCGGAUCUCUUCCGCAGAGUCGACCUCGCCAGCGACAGCUAUUCCUUUGACGUCACAGCAUCAUACAUCGAGAUCUACAUGGAGGCGCUCUGCGACCUCCUCCAUCCGGACACCGACGGCAAGCCGUGGGAGGGCGCGGCGAGCCGGCCGAAGCUCGAGAUCCGGCAGACAUCCGAGAACGCGAUCUGGAUCAAGGGCGUAACCCAGGUCGAGGUUCGCUCUGCCGCCGAUGUCUUUGCCCUUCUCCGAGACGGCAAUCGGAACCGGCAUGUUGCGGCAACCAAGAUGAAUCGCACUUCGUCGCGCUCGCACGCCGUCUUUGUUCUCACCGUCCACAAAUCUGAGGCUGUCUCGGGCGAGCACACCAUGGCUCAGCUUUAUCUUGUCGAUCUGGCCGGCUCGGAAAAGGUCUCCAAGGCCAAGACCGACGGCAUGCGGCUGCAGGAGGCCAAGCGGAUCAACUUUUCACUCCACACCCUGGGCCGCGUCAUCGAUGCCCUCACCACCCACGCCCGCUCCAAGCGCUCGUCUCGAUCCACCCGAUCCUCGCGCCACAUCCCGUAUCGCGACUCGCAGCUCACGCGGCUUCUCUCAAAUUGCUUUGGCGGCAACGCGCGAACAAGCCUCAUCGUCAACGUCUCGCCGUCGGAUUGGAACUCGGUUGAGUCACUCUCCACCCUCAUGUUUGGUGCCCGGUCGUCGCUCAUCAGCAACGCGCCAACCGCAAACAGAUAUCACACCGUCGAGGAGUUGUCUGCCCAGCUCAAGGCCGCCAAGACACUCAUCGCAACGCUCACUGCCGAGAACGCGGCCCUCCACCAUGCACUCGCCUCCACUUCGCUCGCCCCGCGACCCCUCACUGAAGCCAUCGAGCCCGCCCGGCACCACGCCUGCCCGCCCGUCAACUCGCCAGUCGCCAGCCCAUCGUCGUCAGUUCCCAGUCAUCACGUAGCGGUAGUCGUCGCCGGCUCGCGGCAGCUCUACUUUUCGCCAGAGCAGCGCCGGCGACAGGAGUUCUUUACCUUUCUCUGCCCGCUCACCAACCAGGUCAUGACCGAUCCGGUUGUCGCCGCCGAUGGCAUCUCGUACGACCGGCUCGCGCUCGGACGCUGGCUCGAGAGCCAUACCACGUCGCCGGCCACCGGAAACGAGCUGCUGCACACCCACAUGCUGCCCAACUCCACGCUCGCCCGACUUAUCAAACUCCGGUACCCGGGCACACUCGCCCCGGCCAUCGACGCCAUCAACUGGCUACCGGCCGAGCUCAUCGAUGCCAUCAUGCGCUUUCUCGACCCGGCCUCACUCUGCGCCGCCGCCCGAGUCUCCCGCCGAUGGUACCACAUUUCAUCGGCGCAUCCAGUCUGGCGCGCACUCCUCGCGGCUGACCACGGCAUCACCCGCGACGCCGAAUACGUCUACCGCACCCGAGCCGGAGCCGCGGUCGCGCCGCGGUCACCGCCGCCGGCCGCCGGCAUGCUCGCCAAGUGGCUGUACCACGACGCGCACGUCGACGCGCUCAUCGCCGCCGGCCGGCGCGACCCGAGCACCCGCGCCCGCAACUGCGGUAUCAUGCUCCGCCGCUGAACUUCGCUCAUUCACCGAGCAGCUCCACCAGCUGGCGCGCAAAGCCCGGAUUCGGACGCGCAAUCGGACGCGCUGCGCGCACCCGCGCAAGCGCUUUCGCGUAUCCGCUCUCCAUCUUGGACCGAACCAGAAACGCAAUGAGGACCGACGACGAGCGCGAGAUGCCCUGCGCGCAGUGGACGAGUGCUGGCUGGUCAGGCGAGGCUCGGGCCAGAAACUCGCAUGCGGCGUCAAGUGCACCACCGGCAUCCAGAUCCUGGCCAACCUCGUCAUCCAGCGGGAGGUGAAGGACUGUGAUGCCCACAGCCGCAAGCGCAGCUACUGGCUUGCACUCCCGCGCAACGUUCAGAACAAACUUGAUUCCGCACGCCUCGAGAAUUUCCACUCGCGACGCGACGUACUGCGACGAGAGGAAGAGACCAGGCGCAACGUGUGACGGGAAGGCCGGCAUGACGGCCGCCACCGGCGACAACGCCGC